CGAGCUCUCCCCUCACACCACCUCCAUCCAUCGCACCACCUGGUCAUUCGUAAUCACGACUAGCCCCUCCGUCAACGUGCACCUCAAAGCGCAGCCCCGAUAUUCCACACAUCGCAGACAUAGAACCUUUGGCCCCUCUCUCAUCUGGCGAAGCAUGGAGAAAUUUUCAAGGUUUAGAGAUGCGGGCACUGGCAUACAGGUCUUCCUACCCCCUGUAGCUCCCACCGGAUCUUCAUCGCCGCUGACAGCCCUACUCAGCUUGCCUUUGCUGCUCCUGGCUGUCAUCAGAGGUCUUCUGCUAAUCGCAGUCAUCACACUUUGGUCGCUUUUCGAGCUUUCGCUCGGCACCGCCAUGAGGGGAGCCUUCCUCAACUUGGUGCUCGCGCUACUUGGCAUCUUCCCCGAAAAGCAGGUAGUAUCGCCUAGCAGCAGAAACCGAGCAGCGCAAGUACCUCUCGGGUCCCCCAAGGCGGGCGACCUGAUCUUGUCAAGCCACUCCUCGCCUUUGGACAUCUUGCUUCUCUUGCGAAUUUUUCCUAAAGCCAGAGUCCUCCUGCCGGUCCUCUCUCCCAGUCCACAAGCAUCUCCAAUCCCCAGCGGCAAGGCGACCUCAACCUCGUCUCGCUCGGCAGCUCAAAGGCGGAGAGGUCCUUCGUCCUACCUGCCGGAGAGUCUCCGCGGAUCUGUGGAAGGCAAAACCGACGAAACUCCCCAGACGCGCAGGAUAGAGGGCUGGAAAGUGAGCGAUAGCAUAUGGCAAGCUUUGAAGGUGAUUGCGAGCUGUAGGCCGCUGGAGCUGGGCUCGGAAGGCGUAACACGGGCGGACCUAGUAGACCUAGACAGCCUCAAGGAAGUGGGCUCGCCUCUAAUCGUUUUCCCAGAGGUUGUCACGUCCAAUAAUCGCGCUUUGCUCAAGCCUGCUGCUGCUGCUUUCCCAUCGAGCUGGGCAGACACCUAUUCCAGUACCGGCAGCCUGAGAUCGCUCAAGGACGGGCCAACCUUCUUCAUCACCACCAUUAAGUACGAAGCACCAACGCCUCUCUCCGCUUCACCAAUCACGACAGUCCCACGAUCUCUACCUUCUCUCUUCUUUGCCCUGCUAAGCAGCGUACCAGCAUAUGCUCCCAGCAUACGCAUACUGAAUCCGGCGGAGAGCAUCACCGGAUCGUCCAGUAGCAGCCUUUCUGAUUCGAGAGCAGGUACGGCUGCAAAUGCCCUCAGACGAGGAAUCGAAGACGUAGUAGCUGAUGCGUGGUCUAAUCUCUCGAGGCUCAGGAGGACCGCUCUUGGAUGGACAGAGAAGGAUGCGUUCCUGACCAUGUAUGCUAAGAGGUGAUACAUGGACACUAUGACUCAAACGGCAGUACAGACUUUGAGCUAGCAUUCAGACCAACGCUCUCCAGAUCUAAGCUUUGAGCGAGGAGGCGAUUCUCUGCACUGGUUCUAUUUCCAGUCAAGAUCCUUGAUGAUGAAGAAGCUGGGAACUAGAAUCGCGUGAAUGUAAGAGUUCAUCAUUCGAAAACGGGUCCCUCGUCACACCUUCGAGAACAUUCUACGGGCCACUGCCCGAAAGGCGCGUUGUAGACACGUGCGUUGGCCCUAGGGUUCCGCUCGCUCGGACCCCUUGCCAAGGCCCGCUAAACCACAACUUCGAUUCCCUUAGCUGCUACCGAGCUAAAACGAUAAGAUGAGCG